AUGAUUCUGACUACUAUUCUUGUCGUCGUCGGUCUUUGCUUCGGUGGAGUUGGAGCUGAAAUUGAGUCAAUCCAAUCGGAUCGAGACAAAUGCUGCCAAUACCCAAUUUUAUUAGCAACAGCUAACGAUGCCAAUGUGACUCGGCAAAACUUCAAAUGCGCCGAACCAAUCUCAUUGAAAUGUCAUCGUGACAAAAAUGGUCAAUUCGUGAAACUCGCAAUUGCUGGUACCAACGAUCAAUUUAAAACAUUUACCCUUCUCGCCGAGUCUGAGAUGACACUUCUUGAGAGAACCGUGAUUUGCUCUUCAUCUCUAUUCCGUUCCAAGUGGCAUCUUGACGGAUCAGAAGAUGAAUUUUCAAGUUUCACUUGUCUUAAACCAGACAGUGGUACGGACAAGAAAGCAGGACACUUUCAUGUCAACAGUACAGGCCUUCACCGGCUGUUUUGCGUGUCGGGAGGGUACAACGGAAAAAGUGGAGUGCUAAAAGAAGAUGAGAGGACCAGCAAUUGUCGCUCAACUGAAGUGUCGUCAACAGUUUCAUUUGUGACUUGUGACUCCAAAGGAAGAAUCAACUCAUCAAAAUUCUCUGAGCUGUGGAGUCGAGAAAACGGAGGUUUUAAUCGCUGGAAAGUUGAUGGAAGAGAAGAAGUUCGAGGACAGGAAGUAGCUGGAAGUAGCAGGAACGUACGUUUUGAACAAAAAUGA